AUGAAUAAUAAAAAUUUUUUAAUUAUUUUAAUUUUAUUAGUAAUAAAUUUAAAUUUUAAUUCGACAUCAAUUAUUACAAAUUAUAAUUCACCAAACGAGUUUAAUUACGAUGGUUCAGAUAUUUUAAAUAUUGAUGGUUACUUUUUACCAAGAUAUUUAAAUGGUCAAUUAUUUACCAAUUUCCAAUUACAAUUUACCAAUGGUACCAUUUAUAAUUUUGAUAAAAUUCAAGUAGAUUUUUAUCAAAGUAAUAAUAGUUAUCAUUAUACAUUAAACACACCAAGAGGCUUUGGUAAUGGUAUCUUUAAAGUAUUUACAGUCAACGAAACUACCGAGAUGGUUAUUGGUAAAUACGAUUUCAGUUAUCAAGCUCCACAAGUUAUUAAUGCCAGCUUAGUGUCACCAAGAUUUGGAGGUUCCGUCACAUUGAAUGGUAAUGGUUUCUUUGAAACAUUAAUUAAUAUCAAUGUUUUAAAUAAAACCUAUCCAUGCUCCAAUAUUGUUUCAAAUGACCAAGGUACCCAAUUAACAUGCGAAAUGGGUCAAGUAUUAAAUGUCAUCGAUGCCGAUUAUUACGAAUUAGAGUUGAUCUCUGGUAAUAUGUUAAAUACAACCUUUGAAAAGUUUUCAUUUUUACCAUGGGGUAAAGUUUGUCCAAAUCAAUGUAGCGGUAAUGGCCAAUGCGACUCACAAUUAAAUUGUAUUUGUAAUGAAGGCUAUGAAGCUUUUGAUUGUUCCAUUAAAGUAGACUUAAAUCAAAUGUAUCCACAAUCAAAUUUAACCGAAUCGACUACCUUUAAAAUGAAGUCACCAUUUGUUAGUGGCAAUGUAAAUGUAGACUCAAAAAACUCUUCAAUCGAUACCAAUAACUAUGAAGAGUUUUCAAUUUCAAUUUCAAGUUUUAGAAGAUUAAAUUUAUAUGGUUAUGCAGUUAAUCAAUAUCCAUUUUCAGUUUUAUCAAAUGUUCAACAAAUGUUUACCAAUGACAGCUUUACAGUCUCUGGUACCGCUCCAAUUAAAACCGAUUUGUUUGAAUCAUUUGAAUUCGAUGGCAAUUUCUAUUUAAAUUCAGAUGAAUCACCAGAAAACUUUAUCUCUGAACAUGGUUUCGAAGUAACUUUACCAACUUCAAGAAAUUCAGCUAUCAUUAAUUUAUUAACAACUGGUAUUACAUCUAAUGAUUACGAUACCGAUAGUUUCCAAUUUGUAUUUUCCAUCUCUUUAAAUAAUGGUUCUGGUAGUAAUAAUAAUCAAAAGUUAAAUGCUACUAUGGGUUUAAAUCAAGUCAUUUCAAUUACCUCUGAUACUGCAAACUCUGUUUUAGAAAUUACUCCAUACUAUUAUUCAUUCUCUUUAUCAAAAGAUGUCAACAAAGAAAUCGAUAGAGCUCCAAUUAAAGCUUCCAUUUUAUCCGACGAAGAUGCUUCAUCCAUUUUUGGUUAUAAUCCAAAUUCAAUUUAUAUUGCUUUGGAAUCAAAAAUUCAAUACGAUAUGUUAAUGUUAUCUUCAAGCUUUAAUUUAUACAAGAACAUUGAUAUACCAAAUAAUAGUAGUGAUAACGAUAAUCAUAACAACCAUUCAGUAUUGUUAAAAGUAUUUUUACCAAUUGGUACCUUUAUUGUAAUUUCAAUUAUAGGUAUUUCAGUUUUUAUUAUAAAAAGAAGAAAUAAUAACAAAAAUAAUAAUAAUGGUUAUAAAACUUUAUUAAAUAAUAAUAAUAGUUUAAACGAUUCCGAUGAUGAGUAUUUUAAAGAAGAAAAUAUCCAAAAUAUUUAA